AUGUUGCCAAAGCCCACGGCACGAGCAGCAAGCGGGAGUAGCGGCAGAGAGUGGCAGCAGCAGCACAAGGACUAUAAGGACACUGAAGAGAUCACAGCAUACGCGAGCAUGAAGGACCUUCACGCAAAGCUGCUCAAGGAGUUCAGAAGCUUCGCUCGCUUGUCUUCCUGGCCUUUGCGUCAAACUCUGGCAUGCGGGCUCUCAUGCUUGAUCAACCUUGAGGGGGACAACAAAAUUUUUGGUGCGAAAAUUUUCGCACCUCUAGUAUCUCUUGUAUGCAUCACUCCACACCUUGGUUCGACUCUCAAGACAUGCGAGAUGGCCGUGCUAGGUCUGGUCGUGGCAGCAAUCCUGGGGUUCCCCAUGGCUUUUAUCAUCACGCCGAACCUGCUCGUGCUUCAUGUUCUCCUGACAGUCUCCAGCAUCCUGAUCCUCCUGCCCUCUCUGAAUCCCUUGACAGCGAAACUGGCUUUGGUCAUCCUCACUGUGCUUUUGACCUCUGCACGAGAGGAUGAAUCUAGCCUGCAGAGGCAGUGCUGCGGUUCCCCGCUGCAGGAUCUCGCAUCAGCUGCUGCAGGUCUGCUGGCUGCGUUGGUGGUAGCUCUGCUCCCUCUCCCAGGAAGCCGGGCCCGCAACAUCGCUGAGAGCACUAUGGCGGAGGCUGAAACGAAUGCGGCAAAUGCAGCAGCCCUGCUUUGCCAUUCCAUUGGAGCAGGAAGGAGCAAGAGGGCGAUCCUCGCAGCGCAUGCACAGAUUCUGAUCGUUAAGUCUGUGCGAUGCCAAGAGAGGGUCAGGAUGCUCCUGCCAGAUGUCUCAUGGGAACUGCACUUGUUCGCACUGCUGCGCUUUCCUGACCGCUUGUUCUACUCGAGCAUGGAAGAGCCGAGCCAUCUGAUCGACCACAUUGCCAAGCGCCUGGAGCAACUGUCUCGAGUCGAUGCUGCUCUCUUUGGCAUCCUGCGAUGCCUCAACAACGACAACUACGAGGACUCGGUCGUAGCUUCCUGGUCCACCAUCCAGCGAUCCGACUCCAUGGAGCUCCAGAGCGACUUUAUCACCCAGCGGAACUGGGACGGAUGGGAGCACAUUGCAGCCGUCAAGGCUCUGCACAUCAGCGUGCAGACACAGCUGGAGGUGCUGCGCACUGGCAUCGUCGACGCCACUGAGAACUUGGGGCAAGUUUUCAGCGAGUUGGCGGUGGUGAGGGGCUACGAGAACAGGUUGAAGAUCAUCGCAGACCUGGAGCAGGCUGUCAAGCUCCUCGACAGGGCCACUUACGACGCGAGGAAAAAGGCCUUCUACAGCAGUGGGAACGAUCACACCGAGCAAGCGAUCGCGGCGCUCGGGCCCCCGACCUCUCGACUUUUUCUCCUGUUCUGCAUCAUGGAGGUGGGAAAGAUCUGGACGGACAUCUCUCCACCUGUGCGAGCUCCCAAGAGCCUCAUCAGCGAUCGAAUUCGCUCCAUGUGGAUUGACUUCAGCCGUUCUCGAAUCCUCUACGUCUUCAAACUCACCCUGGCCAUCAACUUAGCGCUGGCUGCAGGAAUAUACUGCACAGGCUCGGGCAUGUGGGCGGCGGUGGCCGUAUGCAUGGUAGGGCCUCGAUCCCUCAUGGAGGUCGGAGGAAGCUUUCGCGCUGCGAAGCUGCGUUUGAGUGGAACAGGAGGAGGAGCGAUCUUUGCUGCCGUCGUGAUGAUCCUCGUUCAGUCUGUAACUCUGGAGAUUGGCCACUUCCUCCUCAUCCUCCCUUGGGUCUUCGUCAUGGGCUAUCUCCGCCACAACGUGUCCAUUGCGUAUGGAGCUUUUAUAGCCCAGGUGACUCCCUUUCUCAUGAUGCAGAACUCGCUGAUCAGCUACACGAGCGUUGAGAGCUGGGUGUACCGCAGAAUCUCUCAGAACUUCUUGGGUGUUAUCAUCUACAUCGCCAUCGAGGUUCUCAUCAAACCUGUUCGCGCCCUGUCCAUCUUUGAGGUGCAACUCGGAAAGAACUUGAGAAACAUUGCGUCUGCCAUCGACACCAUCAUGCACGAGAACUUGGGGGCUCUUUGCUGCGAGUGCAGGUCGAGUUAUGCGCAGAAAGCCUCCUCGCUGCUCUCUUCCUUGUAUCAGGGGAUGAAGAUGCAGAAGAAUCUGAUGUUUGAGGUCUACGAUGAGCCCAGCUGGUUGAUGAGCAGCGCUAUCCCUCCUCGGGCGGUGGAGACUUUCUUGGAGAAGAGCAUAGAAAGUGUCGACCGACUGCUAGGAAUCAUGCAAAUGGUCCUCUCCAACUGGACGCGCGAAUGCGCUGAUAGCCCCGAAGACAUGGCUCAAUUCCUUUUUCCGCUCAAGGACCCACUGCUGAAGCUCAAAUCCAUUAUGGUCGCCUGGUACGAGUCCCUCGCUGAGCGUGCAGAGAGUCACACGCACGACUCCCGCAACGAGCUCAAAGCGAUCGAGAUCUCCUCGCAGGUCCAUGCAUGCGUGACAGCGCUGGAGAAGCAGCACGCUUCUGCCUGUGCGAAGAUCAUCAAGAGCAUUCGGAGCGAGAAGAGCGGAUCGAGCGAGGGCAGCGAGGGAAGCUCCUCUAUCAGGGACAAGGUCCCCACUAACGACACAAUCCUCCCACUGAGCGCCAUCCUCUACUGCACGCGAGCUCUCUCCAAAGUCUCGGAAGAGGUCGCAUUCGGCAUGCGAGAGCUCUCCAUCUCCGUCAACCCGGACUUCUCGAUCCUAAAGGAUCAUCACAACAUUCAGAGAGGCAACCUGGCCGAGGAAGUGGCGAACACCCUCGCCGACGCCAACGGCGAGAUCUCCUCCACCACGUUGGCAACGUCGAGGAUCUCCUUCGAGCUGGGGUUUGUCAACGGGAAUCACUCGCUGACUGACUUGAGGGGCAUGGAGGCUGACCCCCUCGUACGAGGGUCCAACUUGCGAGACUCGAACGAAAUCGCUCUCGAAGUCUCCCCCGACAGGUCUCAAGGGGAAUCCGAGCAGGAGUAUGUCCUCUGCCGCCGCUGCCAGAAGAGAAUAUGA